UAUUUCAAAUACUUUCAUCCUAAUUUCGCCCAUCACCUGAUUUAUGGACUAGAACAGUUAGUGAUUUCGAGCUUACACGUUAGUUUAAUUCCAUCGACUGCAUCUUUGUGCCACACUCGCUUGAGUGAAGAACUGCAGUUUAGAAGCAGAAUCGAUUAUUUCGUACGGGGUAUUGUAUUAUCUGAUCGCUCAUUGAACUAGCGCACAACGACGUGCUCGGCCGCGCUACGGCUGAUUGGCCCCAGCGUAAUGAGUGGUGAUGUUUGUGUGCCACUGAUGGCCCUCUCCUCUGGUUAAGUGCACCAAUGAUACCAGCAAAAUCAAGCUAAUCUCCGCUGGCGAUUAGUGUCUCUGCUAAUGCCCAUAACAAUACGAUCUCCUUAUAUCGAUCGCUCGUGCACUUGUUACACCAUUCUUAUUAGUGACCGAGCUUUUUUUUUGAGUUGAUUAAUACAUGGCUCGAUCAUGUAGCGUCGUAGUAAAGCGCGUAGGAAACCUAUGAACUUGAAUUCCAUCGAGUGCAUGCCAUACAGACUGUACUUGUUUAUUGAAUUUUCCGGGUAUUUACUCGAUAUUUCUGUGUUUAUCGAUCACGCUGUCCGCUCCCACGUAAUCCAAUCCCGAAAUAUCAGGAAGAUGCUGCGAGCCACUCAUGCCGGUUGUUUAUUGGCGUGACCUUAUCAGAUUGCUAAUUGAUUGGGGGCUGGCAGCGGUUGAUGUGGGACAAAGAAGUCUCCAGCAAAGGUGACUGCUGUGUGUGCAGAAGUGUUGAGAACAAACAAGCUGCUCCUUGUGUUGCAGCUCGCUCUAAACUGUCAAUAAGACGCACGUGGAAACCCUGAGUUGACAGGCGCGGGUGUUUGAUUGCAUUUGGCGCUAUGUUUCCCGCGGACAACAACAGCAGCGAUGAGGCGGCAUGCCGGCACAACUACACCAUCCUGCUGCUCUUCAUCAAUGCCACCAACCCCGACUACUUCCUCUACCGUCUCAACGACAUCAUCAUUCUGUUGACCUUGGCCGUGCUUGGCCUCCUUUUCAACGCCCUCAUGGCCUGGCUGCUGCUGCGCGACCAGGCCUUUGCCCAGUCGGCCAACGCCUUCCUGGCGCUCCAUCUGGCCAUUGCCGAUGUGUUAGUGGCUUUGUUCUGUAUGAUCUCCGACGGGGCAUGGAAUAUCACCAUGCAGUGGAUGGGCGGCAAUGUGCUGUGUAAGGUCGUCAAGUUUAUGCAGAUGUUCGGAUUAUUUGCCACAACCCUGACACUAACGGGGAUGAGUGUGGAGCGCUGCAUUACCGUAAUCUUCCCCAUUUCUAAGUCCGGUCGGCAUUUGACGCUGAGGCGCAGUCGGACCAUCGCCGGGUUUGUCUGGGUGAUUGCCGGCGUGUGCUCCAUCCCACAGGCGAUUAUCUUCCAUGUGGAGCGCGCGCCGAUCUGCGUGGACUUCUACCAGUGCGUCACUCACGGCUCCUACUCCAGCGACCAGCAAGAGCUGGCCUAUAAUAUGCUCAUUUUAUGCCUUAUGUUUAUCGUGCCGCUGGUCGUCAUCUGCGUCUGCUACAUCCUCAUCUUUGCCAGCUUUACCAAGGAGGCUCAACAAGCACUCGGUGACAGCGAUAUCCGACCGCAGCUGCUGAAUCCCCACGCUCGAAAUGGUCCCAAACGCGGUCAGCGAUUGUACUUGAAAAUGCGAAGGAUAUCUUUAUGGAUGACAUUUUUUAUCGCCGUAACAUUUGUUGUCUGUUGGACGCCGUAUUACAUGCUGACGUUAGCACAUCUCUUCAAAUGGAGCAGUCCACCAGCCACAUUGGCAUCGUUGUAUCUCUUUGGAAUGAGCAACUCCGUACUAAAUCCCAUUAUUUUCGCCGGCUUCCGGUGGGUUUCUGCGCAACCGGGGAACACGCGCAACAACAGCUAUCGUCCUACUGUGGACACUAGCGAAGUUGCAACUGGCCUUGUGCGGCUGACCUCGGCUCCGUAAUAUCCAAGUUGGAGUCUGGAAGCCGGACAGCGCACAGUGUUGUAGAACAAUUCGGCUUUGUGAACGCGAUGGAAUGUGAUUGUAUUCACUAAUUUUUUUCUAGAUUUCAUAUUGAACCGUUUAUUGAUAUUCGUUCCGCAACUCUCGACAUGCGUGGAAAUGCAUGUUUUGCUCAAAGCCUACCUAGGAAACACCCGUAAUUCUAGAAAAAUUCCCCAGAUGUUGCUUUAUUGAUAUAUAUACGAUUUCGUUCGGUAAGUGCAUGUAUACUGCACCAAAUGACAAAAAUGCAAGCACUGUAACUCUACACGACUGAAAAAAGAAACUUGAAA